AUCCCUCCCUGUUUUCCGGCGAGUUUCCGGCGGUUUUCGUUCCAAAUUCCUACACUCCCCUUUCCCCAAUUCCCUGCCACGAUUCAUUUCUUAAAUCAUCAAUAUUGGCAAUACGUAAAUAUUCAUACCUAUUUAUAAAAAAAUUCAUUCAAAUAAAUUUCAUUAUUAUUUUUCUAUAAUUUUUUGGAUCAUCAUUAUUAUUAUUUCAUUUGUGAGAUUAUUAGGAAGAUUAAUUAACAACAAACUUGGAAACUUUUAUUUUUAUUUUUGUGGGUUUCCAUCAGAGUAAGAAUUAAACGAAAAUUUUUUGGAACUUUUUUUUUUUUUCUUUUUCUUUCUCUAGUCCAAACCAUUGUCUUCGUUGUCGUUGUGCUUUUUCGGUGUUUUGUUUUGAGGGAAAAACGCGAAAAGUAGAGAAAUUUUGGAGGUGAGUUUUGUUUUGGGGUGGUUGUGAUUUGGAUGGUUUCGACGAGGUUAAGGACAUGGAGACACUUGUGACCUGAGCAGUGAGAAAUUCGUGAGUCUUUUUUCUUUUUUUUUUCAUGAUGGUGGAAGAAGAGGGUGAUGAUUGAAUAUAAGGGUGAAUUUGAAGAAUCGGUGGUGACCCUUUUGUUGUUGUUGUUGUGUGUAGCUGUUAUUUUGAUCUCUUUGGUUUUUGGGAUGAGUAGGAAUGAUGGCCAGAAACAACAGCACCUUCUUCAUGGAGGUGGAGCUGCUGGUACUGGAAGUGAUCAUAGUGGCAAAAACAACAACAAUGGCUUUAUUCCCAGCUCCUUCCUUUCUCUCUCCAGCUACCUGAGGGUUGUUUCCUCCGGUGCUUCAACCGUUGCCCGGUCUGCUGCGGCUUCCCUUGCAUCCACGAUUUUGGAUAGGGAUGAUGAUGCUGACUGUGAUAAGGUUAUUUGGGCUGGGUUUGACAAGUUAGAGGGUGAGGGAGAAGUCAUUCAGCAAGUACUUCUUCUAGGCUAUCGUUCGGGCUUCCAGGUUUGGGAUGUUGAGGAUUCAAAUAACGUCCGUGACCUAGUUUCCAGACAAGAUGGUCCUGUUUCUUUUUUGCAAAUGGUACCAAGUCCAAUUUUAUCAAAGAGACCAGAAGAUAAGUUUGCAGACAAGCGCCCAUUGUUAGUAGUUUGUACGGAUGGUUUCUUUGGUGGAAGAAGCAAAGUUCAAGAUGGGUUGGCCGCCCCUUGCAAUGGCAGCACUUUAAAAUGCCUAGACCAAGUGAAUGGAAACUAUCUCCCAACAACUGUUCAGUUUUAUUCUAUGAGAUCCCAAUUAUAUGUUCAUGUACUAAAGUUUAGAUCGGUUGUUUAUUCUGUAAGGUGCAGUUCUCGAAUAGUCGCUGUUUCUCUAACCACUCAGAUACACUGUUUUGAUACCACAAGUUUAGGAAAAGAAUAUACUUUACUUACCAAUCCUAUAGUAAUGAGUUUUCCUGGUUCUGGAGGUAUUGGCUAUGGACCACUUGCAGUGGGUCCUAGAUGGCUGGCUUAUAGUGGAAGCCCAGUUACAGGUGCCAUUUCUGGCUGUGUCAACCCACAACAUUUAACACCUUCUCCAAGCUUUCGUGGUUUUUCUUCAAAUGGGAGCUUGGUUGCACACUACGCCAACGAGUCUAGCAGGCAUCUUGCUACUGGGAUUUUGACCCUUGGAGAUAUAGGGUAUAAGAAGCUUUCCAGAUACUGCUCGGAGCUUCUCCCUGAUAGCAAUGGUUCUUUACAAUCUGUAAAUACUGUAUUCAAGGGAAAUGGAAUCGUUAAUGGCCAUUCAGCAGAUGUGGAUAACAUUGGAAUGGUCAUUGUGAGAGAUAUAUCCAGUAAAAAUGUUGUUGCCCAAUUCCGGGCCCACAAGAGUCAUAUUUCAGCUUUAUGCUUCGAUCAUAGUGGGACCAUAUUAGUUACUGCUUCCGUUCAGGGGCAUAACAUUAAUGUUUUUAAGAUAAUGCCUGGAUAUGAGAGCUUGUCAGAAUCUGAUGCUCGUCCUUAUGCUCAUCUCUACAGGCUGCAACGUGGCUUUACAAAUGCAGUUAUACAAGAUAUCAGUUUCAGUGUUGAUAGCAAGUGGAUUAUGAUUAGUUCCUCAAGGGGAACUAGCCAUCUAUUUGCUAUAAAUCCUCAAGGAGGACCUGUAAAUAUUCAGUCAUAUGAUAAUAGUUUUACUGGAAAAAAUGGUGGAUUGACUAAUCAAGCAGUUCUCUGGCCUCAGAGUUCAGCCUUAGAAAUUUCAAAACAGCAGAUUCUUUGUGCUGCUGGCCCUCCUAUCACACUUUCUGUUGUAAGCAGAAUUAGGAACGGAUCUAAUGGAUGGAGAGGCACUGUAACUGGUGCUGCUGCAGCUGCAACUGGUAGGAUGAGUUCCAUUUCUGGGGCUAUUGCUUCAUCUUUCCGCAACUUAAAAGGCAACAGUGCUUUGUAUGUUGAUGGGAACUACUCAAAGGAAAAGUAUCAUCUGUUGGUCUUUUCACCGACUGGUUCUAUGGUUCAAUAUGCUCUGCAGACAUUUAACAAUCAAGAUUCAGCUGUUGUUUCUGGAUUAACCUCUGCUUAUGAAUCCUCUCCAAAGAUGGAUGCAAGAGUAAUAGUUGAGGCUAUCCAGAAGUGGAAUAUAAGUCAGCAACAUAGUCUGAGAGAGCGAGAAGAUAAUUUUGACAUAUAUGGAGAGAAUGGGAUUUCAGACGGCCAUAAAGUAUGUUCAGAGGAAGCGCACAAGGAUAAUAUCAUUAGCCCUAAAAUCAAGAAUGUAGCCAUGAAAUCGAAUACCUGUCCUGAAAAAGAGCAUCAUUUGUAUAUUUCGGAAGCUGAACUGCAAAUGCAUCAAGCUAAGACUCCACUGUGGGCAAAGGCCGAGAUAUAUUUUCAUUCAAUGGGUAAAGAGGCUACUAUGAUGAUGGGUGAAGAAGCUGCUUCAGGAGGAGAAAUUGAGAUUGAAAAGAUUCCAACUCGAAUGAUAGAAGCUAGGUCAAAAGACUUGGUUCCAAUUUUUGACUAUAUUCAGACCCCAAAAUUUCAAGAAAUGAGGACUCCCUCUCUGGAUAACAAGUUAAAUGAACAACUAUUGCAACAAGGUUCCAAGUUGUUUGAAAAUGGAAGGAUUUCACCCAGGAGUAUUUUGGGAUCUACUGAGUGUAUGACUAAUUCUGGUGGUAUUAUUGCGGAAUAUAAAAGUGUGAUUGAAGGAAAUGAGUGGCAUGAUCAUUUGAUUCCAUCAGAAAAAAAGGGUUUUGUAAAUAAUAAUGACACCAUUCCACCAAAUACUAGGCAUGGCAUUGUAAAUAAUAGAAGAGAGCACUUAAACAUGGAGGCUCAACACAUGAUUGUAAAUAAUUACAGAGAAGGCCUGAAAAUGGAGAAUCACUUUGAAGAAAAAGGAAAUGAAUUUGAUUAAAGGUUUGGGAAAUAUUCUUUCAUUUCGCAUGGUAGGCUUUAUUAACUGUGUUAAUAUUAUGUUGGAGAGGUAGAGAAGCUUGUGUAGGGGCUUGACCAACGAUGCUAUAAUGUGGACACUGCGUUGGGAUUCUUCUGUUGACCUUGUAAA